AUGCUCACGACAGCAUUAUUAGCAUCGGCGUAUUUAGCAAUCUGCCAGGAAACAAUGUACAGAACUUACGGAAAGCAUACAGAGGAAGCAAUGUUUGUCAUUCACGGUGCUUCGUUGCCGUUUUUCGCAUUUAUGGGUGAAGAUAUCUACAAAUCUGCAGUUGCAUUUUCUCGCAGUUAUCCGGUUGAAAUCUUUGGUUUUCGGAUUCCCCAUAUGUGGGCUUACCUUGCUGCCACUUGUCUUUUACAAUGGGUAUGCAUAAAUUUUGUUUAUCGACUUAAUGCAACCGUUGAAUCGCUGACGGUAACAAUGGUUGUUACGUUACGAAAAUUCCUGUCGCUGCUCAUUUCAAUCAUUUGGUUUCGGAAUCCGUUUACGCUGGCGCACUGGGCCGGUGCAGUGCUGGUAUUUGUUGGAACGCUUGCCUUUGCAGAUGUUUGGGAAAAUUACGCUUCGACAGGUGGUGCUGCUACUGCUGCUGAUACUACUACUACUACUACCAAAGAAAAGAAAAUAAAGUGA